AUGAAGCGGCUUUGUAAUGCGUUUUGUGGUCGGCCCGUGUCCCUCGUUGCACGGCACCUCCCAGUGGCGGCAGCGCCUCUUCUGCAGCUGCGCCUUCUAACCACCACCACCACGGCUGAUGAGGGAAUUGUGGGCGGUGGCGACGUGCAGGAUAUGGAGGAGACGCACCCCGACUUUCAGCCCCGCUUGGUCAGCACCGAACUCGCAGAAGACGAGGUGGUGAUGGUGAAAAAAGACAUCGACGACACCAUCCGGACGGAGGACGUGGUUGCUUUCAUUAAGGGUGUACCAGAGGCACCCAUGUGCGCCUUCUCAAAGCGCAUGAUUGACGUUGUGGAGGCGCUUGGGUUGGAGUACACGUCGUUUGACGUCUUGGCACACCCCGUUGUGCGGACGUACGUGAAGGAGGUGAGCGCGUGGCCGACGAUACCGCAGUUAUUUCUUAAGGGCGAGUUUGUAGGCGGGCUCGACGUUGUGCAGAAGAUGGUGGAGGGAGGCGAGAUGCAGAAGCUUCUGCAGCAGAAAGGAAUCAGCUUCCGUAGACAGCCAUGA